AAUAUUCGUCAGUCGCACCAGGGUCGCCAGAGGGGUCGGGCCGCUAUCUAGUCAUUGUAUUUUUUAUCAUAUAAUUUUUUUAAAUAUUGUAAUCAAAAGGUCACCAUGAAAGUGUUCAUCGUAUUGACGGCAGUGGCCGCUUUAGCAAGUGCCCAAUUCAAAUGCCCGAAUAAGGAUGGUCAAUACGAGGAUGACAGACAGUGCGACAAAUUCUACGAGUGUGUAGAUGGCGUCGCCACCACCAAAAUUUGCCCCGACGGUCUGGUGUUCGACCCCACCAUUAGGAAAAUCAACAAGUGCGACCAACCCUUCAACGUUGACUGUGGAGACAGAACCGAAUUGCAGCCCCCUAAGCCCACCAGCCAGUGCCCCCGUCGCAACGGUUUCUUCGCUCACCCCGAUCCUUCCGUAUGUAACGUCUUCUUCAACUGUAUCGAGGGUGACGCUAUUGAAGUCAAAUGUACCGCCGGCCUUCACUUCGACGAGUACUCCGGUACCUGCGUGUGGCCCGACUCCGCUGGAAGACAGGGGUGCCAAGUCCAGGAAAAGAAAACCAAGGACGGUUUUGAAUGCCCCAAGGAGCAACUAGUGGACGCCCAAGGCCAGGCCGUCGCCCACCCCAAGUUCCCCCACCCUAACGAUUGCCAGCGCUUCUAUGUGUGCCUGAACGGAGUGGAGCCACGUGACCUUGGUUGCCAAGUCGGCGAGGUCUACAACGAAGAGUCACAGAAAUGUGAUGCCCCCGAAAAUGUUCGCGGAUGCGAGGAUUGGUACAAGGAUGCGGAGGAAGCUGCGCCCGCACCUAAAUCGAGAAAUUAAAUAUAGUGCUACUAUUAAUUUAGUUACACCUAAGACUUGAUAAGUUAAUAUACUUUAAGACAAUAA